CACCUUGACCAACUUAUGCAAAUGAACAUAACACCAUGUGACCAACAAACGACAAUACAAGUAAAGCAUAAAUACAAAAUAAACCAAAUUAACUUUAACAAGAAAAGAAAAGAAAUAAAUUAGGCUAUAAAUUAACUUAAGCCCAAAAUAAACAAAAAUAAAAAUAUAGCUCCAACAGUAUGUAAGGUGGGGUUAAUAAUGUUGCUAUAUGGGAGUAUCAGGAGGCUUGUCAUCCAAGCUUAUAUCAGCAGCUCUGACUUCCUGAGAAUUUAACCAUUGAAACUAAACAGAUUGGAAUCAGUUUUAUGUGCUGUAGUCUGUGCAGCAGAUAGUUGGCCACCUAAUGAGCGAUGGAAGAAAUCUGUGCUAAUGUUGAACACACCAAACCUGUCGACCCAAGACCUUCAACAAAUCGGAAAGAUCCUAGUUGUUCAAAGAGAAGAUUUUAUGGAGCUGUUUUCUGUCUGGGGGUGCUGAGUGUUUUCCUGCUAGCCGGGCUCAUCGGCCUUGGUGUCCGCUCUGCAGAUCUCUCGGCUAUCAAAGCCAACCUGACUGAGCGUCCCCAGAACAGUGAUAUCAAGUUGUCUUUUCUGACUGAAGAAAGAGACCUGCUGAACGCCAGCCUGGUUGAAAUAACUGAAGAGCUGAACAGCAUGACUGCAGAUCUCUCAGCUAUCAAAGCCAACCUGACUGAGUGUCUCCGGACCAGUGAUAUCAAGGUGUCUACCCUGACUGGAGAGAGAAACAUGCUGAACAACAGCCUCAUUAAAGUGACUGAAGAGCUGAACGGUCUGAAAUCAUGUCCUGCAGGAUGGAGGAAGUUUAGUUACGCCUGUUAUUUCCUCUCUAAUGAGUCUGGUUCCUGGGAAAAGGGUAGAGAGGACUGUAAAACCAGAGGAGCAGAUCUGGUGGUCAUAAACAGCUCUGAAGAACAGAAGUUCCUCUCUAACUUCACCAAGGAAGAAAUUAUGGCUUGGAUUGGUUUGACUGAUCGUGACAAGGAGGGGACCUGGAUGUGGAUUAAUGGAGCUCCACUGUCUCUACAACCUUUUCAGUAUUGGCGGAGUGGGCAACCUGAUAACAAUGGAGGACAUCGUUCGCUUGGGGAAGAGGACUGUGCCCACAUCAUAUAUGGAGGGGAGGGAAACAACUGGAAUGAUUUGUCUUGUAACACCAACAUAAGAUGGAUCUGUGAGAAAAUGGUUUAGCAUUGGUGCAUUAUUGUGUGUUUGCUGCUUCUACUGCUUCUAUAUUUUUGGAAGAUAUAAACAUAAUUCCUUUGCACAAGUGUGUAAGGUUUCAUACAAUUUUACUCACAUUACAUUACAAUUUUACGCUACAGUAACAUUAAUGAUUAUUAAUGAUAUUUCUACAAUUCUGGGAAUUUGGUGCACAAGUUCACCAUAAGCAUGUGCACAACAUAAAGAAGCUGGACAUCUUGUGGCCAGUUAAAAAUACUUUGUGUUUUGGUGAAUAACUGUGAGGCAAAGACGAAGCAUUCAAAUGUGGUGUUAAUAGCGUCACCAUGUGGUUGGUUGUAAAACGUUUUUGACCUUCAUUUCAGAGUAUCAUUAAAAUACUUUGAGAUUCUCAAAGGUG